UUUGGGAGAUGGGAAUUCACUGUUUAUUAAUUGGUAUAUAUAAACUGAACACAGGGGUAGGUGAGAGGCUAUAAGAAGAGAUAUGUGGUGUUUGGUUUGAGGAUCCAGUACCAAAAACUUGAGAGAAAAAAAACUUGUCUUCUUGGUUUGACCCUUCUAAUUAUCAUCAUCAUCAUCCAUGGCUUCUUCAAACAGACACUGGCCUAGCAUGUUCAAGUCCAAGCCCUGCAACACCCACCAUCAAUGGCAGCAUGACAUAAAUCCAUCUUCUCUCAUCUCUACCGGUUGCCAUGGACCUCCCUACACAUCAUCAGUUGGUGGAUGUGAUGAGCGGAGCCCAGAACCGAAGCCAAGAUGGAACCCAAAGCCUGAGCAAAUUCGGAUACUAGAAGCAAUCUUCAACUCUGGCAUGGUUAACCCACCAAGGGACGAGAUAAGAAAAAUCAGAGCUCAGCUACAAGAAUAUGGUCAAGUUGGAGAUGCCAAUGUUUUUUACUGGUUCCAAAACAGGAAAUCAAGAAGUAAACACAAGCUUCGCCACCUUCAUAACUCAAAACAAACCUCCCAAACUUCACCUUCUUCCUCCCACAAAUCUUCCCCGAAAGGGAAUAUCAACAAGAAGAUUACUACUACUAGUACCAGUAGUAGUAGUAACAGUAGUGCACUAUCUUUAAACACCCCUAACUUUGUUGAUCUUUCUCAUAAUAAUUCUUCAACUGGAACCCAGCAGCAAACCUAUUUUCAGCCCCAUACUGAGCUCUUGACUGAGCCCUUUUUCUUCCCACCGGCCGGAUCAGGAGGAAGUUUUACGACACAAGGGUUUGGUUACUCUGAGCUAUUAGCAACGAAUGUGGUUGAUGAACAACCAACUGCGCCUGUUGGACCUUGUACGAGUCUCUUGCUUAGUGAGAUAAUGAACCAUGGAGCUUCCAAGAAAGAUAAUCAAGAGAAGAUGAAGGUGGUGCAGCAGCCACAGCUCACUUACGCCGUUACUGUGCCUUCCACUGUCGACCAAAUUCAAGGUGUAGUUGAAUCUCUUAGCGUGGGAGUGGAUCAUCAAGAUCGUCAACAUGAUGCGGGAAGAUCAACGGUGUUCAUCAACGAUGUGGCUUUCGAGGUUGGUACGAUGCCGUUUAAUGUGAAAGAGGCUUUCGGUGAAGAUGCUGUGCUGAUUAACUCCUCCGGUCAACCUCUUCCCACCAACGAAUGGGGUGUCACCCUCCACCCACUCCAGCACGGUGCAUUUUACUAUCUGAUUUAGAUGGGUGGAGAAGUUGAAAAGAAGAGAAGAGAAGCCGUGGCUAGUUAUAAUGGUUACAUAUAUAUAUAUAUAUAUAUUCUAUUAUAUUAUUGCUUUCUCCCCCUCUCUCUCUCUAG